AAGGAUCCCUGAGAGGAACUUGCUGUCACAUUGUCAGGUGUUUGCAAUGAUGUUUGGUCUGUUUAAUUCGUGCAGGUCAGAGCUCCCUUUCUGGAGGCCCCAGUGAGGAAGUUUGAUGACGUCUAUAAAAAGGGAAGCGAGGGCAGAGAGGGUGGCAGCCUGUUCACCAUCAUUGCCCAUUUGUAUGAUUUCUAUGUGGAACAGUAUCUCCCUAUUUGGAGAAACCUACUGGAACUCACACAGAGAAAGGUAGGGACCUGCUCCUAUUAAUGCUGAGAAGUGUGGGCUUUUCGUUGAGAAAAGAUGAUGUUCUGUCCCUGGAAGUGAUCACAGAGACCCAGGCCAAAGCCCGCCGGGCAGGCGGCAAGUUCCAGGACAAGACCAGGAUUCCCUUUAUGCUGGAAAUGAUGUUGGUACUGAAGAACAAUAACAUGCAGAGGAUUCUGGGCUUUGUCCCUGAGCCUGUGGAGACACUGAGGAAAUUGCAAAGAGCUUUGGCAGUUGACUGGUGGAGUUCAGGUGUUCUAAUGUGUGAACUUUUCACAGUUGAUGAUGAGAAUUUGGGAGCUGAGCUCUCUAGGAUCGUGGACACGUUCCCCAGCAGUUCCUUGAGGCGCUGCUGGGGGACAGCAUGGCCCUUGAGGCUCAACAGCUGCCCAGGAUGAACCAACGCGCCCACCGGAGCUGGGAGCUGGAGCAGCUCUC